AUGGCGCCAGUUCCAGGAGAAGCUGAAUUUCAGUUGAUAUUUAUGAUUCGGACGUAUAUCUUAAUAGUUGGUGAAAUUUAUACCAUGGAGAUAAAGUGCGAAGAACCGACUCUUCAUGUUCGACAAGUUUUAGAAAGUAUGGGUAGUAAAGGUAUAUAUCGAAUGCUGCUAAUAUUCCGUGGUCAAGAUUCUGAAGUCACUGAUGUUAUUCUAUUUGGAUAUAUAAUUGCAUGGUUCUUGGGAGAAUUAUCUCAACGAGAGCGAUACAAAGCUAUUAUUGCGCAUUUUCACGAAUGGAUAUCUAGUCUUGCUGUCCCACUUAUCCGAAAACGUCAUAUAGAUGUUAUCACUAUUUUCACAACUCAUGCUACCUUACUCGGUCGUUACCUUUGCGCUAACUCUGUCGAUUUCUACAAUAAUAUUCAAAACUUCACAAUAGAUGAGGAGGCAAAGAAACUAGGAAUUUACCACCGACACUGUAUUGAACGCGCCGUUACGCAUUCAUCUGAUGUUUUCAUUACUGUGAGUGAAAUAACUGCUUAUGAAGCCGAACAUUUGCUUAAACGGAAACCUGAUAACAUCCUUCCAAAUGGACUUUAUAUCAACAAAUCCUCAGCAAUGCAUAACUUUCAGAAGCUGCACGAAAUUAAUAAACAAAAGAUUCAUGACUUUGUUCGUGGACAUUUCUAUGGUUAUUACGAUUUUAACCUGGACAAUACUUUAUAUUUCUUUACUGCUGGUCGAUAUGAAUACCAAAUAAGGGUGUUGAUGUAUUCAUCGAAUCAUUAUCUCGUUUCAAAUUCAAAAAUGACAAUUGUUGCAUUUAUUAUUAUGCCUGCAGCAACAAAUUCUUUCAGCGAUGAAACUCUUAGAGAACAAGAAAAAAAACGCAAUAAUAAAUUCGUUAUUUCUCAUCUUAAAAGUGUAGCGGUUGAACAAACAGAAUUACUUAGUACAUGUAGUAUGGAGGAUAAAAUGCUACAUAACACACUUCCCCUGAUCGUAACACAUAAUAUGGCUGACGAGAACAACGAUCUGAUCCUUAAUCAAUUACAUCACCUUAAACUAUCUAAUAGCCCAUCGGACAGAGUGAAAGUGAUAUUUCAUCCCGAAGUUCUAAAUGCAAAUAAUUCACCUAUUGGAUUGGAAUAUGAUGAUUUUGAAGAAUCAAUUCAACAACUUACCAAUAUCAUGCUCACCUUUUCGCAAAAAACACGUUCCAAUCAACGUGAUCGCACAACAAAUAUCCGACUUACUCGAUUGGAAAAUACUGGGAAAAGAGUAUAUACGAACAAGAAAGCUUGCCCUUCGUCGAACUUAUCCAGACUCGACUGUUAA